ACCCUCGCAUUUCUGACAUCAUUGAAGGCAUAAGGUGUGAACUACAUUUCACACUGCAAUUUCUACAUUCAAUGUAUAAUACCAAGAAGUCAAUAUACGCAUACUUACAGAGAAAAAAAGAAUGUCGUAUCAAAACAUCCCUUCUGUAAACGAAAUCAAGCGCGCCGCCGCUGCAGGUCAACGCUUCACUCCCGAAGAUGUCUCUUCCAUCGCGCAGGCAGAGAGUGAAUUAACCGGUGGAGGACCUGUCAAGGGCGGCCCUGCUGCAACCGCUCAUUCUCUGUCAUCAAAACAGAUGAAUUUCGACGCUAGACUUGAUGAGUUAUCACACAAGCCGCCGUCACAUAUCACGCAAGAAGACGCGAGACAAUUACAAUCUGCCGAAGUACGUCAUGGCAAGGAUGGUAGUUCCUCUGACGAGAUUCGUUCAGUGACAGUCUUGGGACAUUGUUCCCAGAGCAAGAUGUCGGCGGACUAUAUGCAUUCCUUAUUCCAUAUAAUGAAUCGGGAUAUAUGCUAAGCAGAGCUGGCUAUAUUGUAGGGUCGCGCGUUCAAUGCCCCGCCCGGUGUGGCCAGUGUAUCGGCUCAGGUACGCUCUAUAGCUGAUCGAAAUGAAGCCUUGGGAUUACCGGCCGUGGCGGAUCCGGGACCGGUAUAUGUGACGAAAGAAGAGGCGAGCGAAGCGCAGUCCGUGGAAGCUAUGCAUACAGGCGGAAUGGUGCCAAAGGGAAGUUAUGCAGCGCAGAUGCAGGUACGUAUCUGGACCUGACCUCGAUAUCGACGGCAGAAGCUCAUAGUUGCGAUGUACCGUAGAGUGCUGCAGAUAAACGGGAAGCGGCAAUUAACGGGGUGACCUGGUUGCCGGAGUAGAUGGAGUAUAUUCUGGGGGUGAUGAUCAUGUCAGCUAAAGAAAAUGCAUAAGAAUAUAACCUGCAUAUGAAUGGAUAUCCAUCUUCAUAAACCUUCGUGUCUUGCAGAUCCCGGUAACCGCGAUACGCGGCGAGUCGGCGACCAAUUUCAUCAGGAGUAGGUUUGAAGCAAUUCCUUCAGACUCUGGAACCUGACGGUUGGGCUGGAACAAUUCCAACUUCGCUUGGAAGAAGGAAGUCCGCGGAAGCCACGGUAGUAAACAUCCUGACCGGCAUUUGAAAUUGUAUGAACUUGAACCUUAUAAAUAGAUCUCAAAUAUGAGCGCAGCAGUAGGAUCUCAUUCCUGAAUCUGUUCGGGCAGGUAGCGAAACAUGAACAAACUCGAAAGAGAAGUUCCACAUC